AUGCGCGUGCCCUCCAAAGCAGCGGCGGCGCUGGCUUCGAAGCACGAGGAAGACGGCGUCGUCGCUGCUGUCUCGCCCUCGAUACCGUCGUCUCUCUCAGCCACCUCAUCAGGUCGCAAGGAGAUGCGAGAGGAGCCGCGGUGGCGCCGGGUCGAGGCCGCCGAAGACGUGCGCGUUCAGCAACAGCGAGCCACGUCGGUGUCCACGUCCCCGCUGACGCCGCCGCUUCUGCUCCAGCCGAAUCGAGAGGUAGUGUCGCUGGGCAACUACACACCGAGAGGGGUCGAGGGGUCUGACGAAGGCAGCGUGAGCACGACCGUCACCUCCAACGUGACUGACCGUGCUGGGCCCGCUGGAAACUGCAAGGGCGGAACUCCCCCCUCCAACAGUUCCCGCGUGCUGGACUUGACGCCAUUUGCUGAGAGCACAGAGGACGACCGGGACGACCGCGGCAGCAAGUGGGACCACACCGCCACUUUCGGCAUCACCACGCCGGCGAUCUUGCACAUAUCGACUUACCGCACGACCGCUGACAUCACUACUGAUCGCACGAGGAACAGCAACCCCAGCAGCAGCACUUACUCACAUCUUGGAGAUGCGCGGCAGGAGCGGGAGAAGCGCUCGCCAGAUGCAGACACGGCUGCGACCCCCACAGCGGGAAUGACGCCGCCUUCCUCAGUCUCUCUCUCGUUCGACUCGUUGUCGUGCGCUAUGCCGAAAGUGAGGAGAUCGUCCCCCGAGCUGGUGAGAUGCGGGAACGGUACGGCACGACAGCUCCCUCGCAAGUGUCUACGGAACGCAAAUCCCGCGUGCGCUGAUAGCGGUCGCUGCACUGGACCAGUGGCGCGCACCACUACGCCGACGACGGCGCCGUCUACCGGCCUUUUCUCCUCCUCUUACGCGGUCUGCUUCCAGGGCCACAACGCCAUGUCCAUCAGUGACAAGGACGGGGACAGCUCGCUGCGUCUCCGUCCGCGCCGAUGCCGCGGCGGCAGCAGCUGCGGCUCGCACGAACACUGGACCAUGAAGCCUCGACUUAGCGGCGUCAACGAGGUCCUGCUACAGAGUGCAUCUACAUCCGACGAGCCUCACCUAUUCCGCCAGGCGCUCGCUGCCUUUCAGCUGUGGGACACCCUACUGCACCUCGAGCUGCACAGCAACAGCGCAGGCGGCACGUACAUGGUGCGACUUGCAAGGCCGUCGCCCUCAUCGGCGACAGCGACUUUCACGGCGACCGAUAGCGACAGCCGUGGCGCCGUGAUGGCUGUGUUCAAGCCAUGCGAUGAGGAAAUCGGUCAGGAGAGCAACCCACACGCGAAUCGUGAAAGCGACCGCACGGAGACGUUUGCCCCCGGCAGCGGCAGCCGGCGUGAAGUGCUCGCGUACCUCCUCGAUCACGGACACAACGCCGGGGUGCCGCCGACGCUGGAGGUGGCAUCGACUUACUGGGCCGGGGCGGGUGCGACAACAGCGAGCAGCGAUGGGGGUGGUGGUGCUGCUACCGCGAGCUCGUCCACAGGCACACUAGGCGCGGUGACAGAAGGUGGAGAUGCCCCUGCGAACGGCAGCCUUCGAAGUUCACGCACGGGUGGGACAGACUGUCGAGGUACCGGUGCUGGCGAUGGCGACAGCAUUGCUGCUCGAGUGGCAGCAUCCACGCACCUCCGGAUCGGCAGCUUGCAGCUUUUCGUGCCUGGCUGUGAAGAGGCUGCGGACGUUCUCCCCGGCCACUUCGACGUCGACGAGGUGCACGCGCUUGCCAUCUUCGAUAUCCGCACCCUGAACGGCGACCGACACGGUGGCAACGUACUUGUCUGCAACUAUCGCCGCUGCCGGAAGGGAAGAAGGCCCGUUAUGGCACGUCGUCCGCGGUGCGCUAGCCUAGCUAACGCCGCGGAGAGCGACGGGGCUGCAUCGUCGCCUUCGGUGCCUCCGACAGCGGCCCGAUUGUCACCUGAGGUGUCCGCGAUCACCACCAUGGCCAAGGAAGACGUUCCGCACUUGCUCCCGAUCGACCACAGCUAUAUCUGUCCGUCCGGCUACGCCGAUCCGGACUACGAGUGGCUGUCGUGGCCCCAAUCCAAGAAGCCAUUUUCGGCGCGCAAUCUGGCCUACAUCGCCGCCCUGGACGCAGUGGCAGAUGCGGAGCUGGUGCGAUCAGCGCUCCUCGCACACAGCAGCGUCUCCACCCGCGAUUUGUUGACGCUGCAAGCAAGCGCAGGCUGCAAUGACUUUGGGAUGGUGGAGAGGCAGCCAGACGCUGCGCUGACGUCGCUGACGUGCGAUGAUGUUCAGCGUACUCGAGCAGCCAUGCUGGACUGUGCGACGGUCGAAGCAGCGAGUGCAGCGCUCGCGUCUCGUCACAUUCCGCGGCAGUUGUUCGGUCAUGGUGCUGCCGCCGCGAGCUUGGACGAUCUCACGGGGCUCUCGCCUCUGCCGAGGGUGCCGGCCCAAAAAGCGGUGGCACCGACAACCAGUGCGGUUGCAGCACCCUCCGCGUCUGGGGCUGCAACCGCGAAGAAGAGCAGCGCCAUUGAUGGUGGCGCUGAGGCCCCCUCCGCGCAUCCACAUGCGAGCACUUGGGAUACAGCAGCUGUAGAGCUGAUGAUCAAUUUCGACAGAGGCGAUAGUUUGAGCACGGAGGCGAUGCACAAAGACGCUUCUGCUGUCCGUGCUCAUGCAAUGUCGACUGCGUGGUCGGCGUCGUCUUCCUCCACACCAUUCCUUGAAGCGUUGCAUUUCUGGUCACGCGAGCAUGUAUCUGACCCUGUCGCGUACGACAGGGACGCGGCCAACACCGCGGCAGAGGUGAUGCGCUGCACGACGCGCCUGCUACAGAUCGCAGCCCUUGAGUUUCACAUGACGGCUUACGAGAUUGGAAGUCUGUGCCGGCGCCCGCGCGUCACGCAGGCGUCGGUGCUGGAGGAGGUACUCGAACAGGCGAGAGAUGAGCAGACGUGGGAGCCGGUCUGGUCCAGGUUCGACGAUGUUGUCCGGCAGCGGCUCGCUGACCUCAGCACGUCUGGCCAGUAA